CGUGAGCAACAUCUGGAUUAAAGCAGAUGCAGAGUCGCAAAAAAUCAGAAAUCCCAACAGGGCUGCGUGAUCCUGAGCGAAAUCAACUAUGCUCAUAUCACGCCGGACUAUUGGCCAGUCUCUGCUCAAUCUGAUGGAUUAAGGAACAGAGCUGAGGAGUGUGUGAGAGAGAGAAAGAGAGGGAGAGAAAGGAAUAGAGAGGGAAAGAGAGCGCACACGGAGCGGCGCAGCAGGAUGAUUAAGAAACAAAAGCAGAAGACCUUUACACAAGUUCUGCUGCUCAUCUGCAUGCUAACACUCUUUCUAUCACCGAUACACAUCGCAGGACAUAAAGCAGUUCACCAUGUCAGGACAGGAACAUGUGAAGUUGUAGCAUUACAUCGAUGCUGCAAUAAGAACAAGAUAGAGGAACGUUCUCAGACCGUGAAAUGCUCCUGCUUUCCGGGACAAGUGGCUGGAACCACCCGAGCAGCACCUUCCUGUGUAGACGCCUCCAUAGUGGAGCAGAAGUGGUGGUGUCAGAUGCAGCCCUGUCUGGAUGGAGAGGAGUGUAAAGUUCUGCCUGAUCUUAAAGGCUGGAGCUGUGCUACAGGGAACAAGAUCAAGACCACAAAGAUCUCCUCUGACCGGGAUCAGCUUUGGUAGCGGAUGGAAACUAGAUACAGGUUGACUGAGUUGGAGAACCGUCUGAAGGCUCCUCAUCCUUACCUGUGGAUCUGAUUUGUGUAAAGACUGUUUUGUAACAGACACAGAACGAAGCACUGAAGGUUUUCCAGGGACAUCAAUGAUGUGAAAACAUCUGGACGCUGUUCUGUACCCUAGCUUUAUAAAGCUUGUUGUGGAUUUCUGUAGUUGCGUUUUGCUUGCCGUUUUUUGGACUUAUGGCUCAGUUACACAAUUUCCUUUAUACGGAUCCACAUGGAUCCAAGUGUGACAACCAUUUUGCCUCAAGAGUACAGUACAGUUAUUUAGUUUAGCUUAUAAAUGCAAAUAGACUUAAGGAUUUAAAUAUUGGCAAU